UCAGAAUUGUAAAACUGCUAAUAAAUUUUCAAGAAAAUAUGGUGAGUUUGAAGAUAUUUGUAGACACAAAGAAUAAAAAGGUUGUAUUUGCUGAAGCAGGCAAAGAAUUUAUAGAUUUCAUCCUCGACAUGCUAUCAUUACCGCUUUCAAUCGUUGCAAAACUCCUAAAAGAGCAUAAUGAAAGCAAGGUUGGUUGCAUUGGAGCACUGUACCACAGCAUUGAAGCUCUCAGUCCUAGUUGCUUCGAGUCCGAUAGCCACAAAGGUAUGGCGUUAAAGCCAAGAACUAAUGUUGUUAUUCCUUUGUUAUCAUGUUAUGAAGGUCGAAGUGGACAGCAAGCAAGUCUGCAACCUACUAAUUAUCCCAGUUAUGGACGAAAAUUUGUCAAAGAAGCAAUAUCUUUUAUUGUGAUGGAUAAUUUGGAGGUCAAGCCUAUGUCUGCAACUCUCAUUAAGUCCAUCGUUAUUGAUUUUGAUAUCUUGACUGAACAAGAGGUUCAAGUUGGUUGUAACGAGGGACUAAAUUUACUGAAAGCGUCUUUGGAGAGCCAGACUGUGCUGAGUACUGUCUUCCUUUGGAACAAGAAGUAGGCUCUUUCUAGUUACUGGCAUGCAUGCUGUUAUUGGAUAUUUUGCUAAGAGCUUUUCUACUUCUUUCAUCUGAAGAAAAAGCUUUUGUAUUUUGUUUUCCAUGCAAAGUUCCAACUGUGCGCUGUACGUGAGCUUAGUUUUCAUCUUCUCAUUGUCCGAUUGUUCUGUAGUUCUACACUUCUAUGUUUAGGGAAUGGAUUAAAUUACCUUUUUUUGUAAGGACUGGUAAUAGAAGUGUUUUAAGAAUGAUUAUUGCAAAAUCGGCAUGCUUAAUAUUGUAA